AUGGCUGUGCUGCACUGGCACCUGUACCUCAGCGCCCUGGGCUGCUGGGUGACACAGCUCUCCAGCUCCUUCCUGCUGCCCAAUGCCACCGAGCUGCUGUCCCCGCCCGGGGGCACGGCCGCGGGGCUGCUGUGGGGCGCGGGGGUCCCCCGGAGCCGUCGGAAGCGAUACCUCUCUCCCCACGACAUGAGCGUGAUUUUGGAUUACCACAACCAAGUGCGGGCUCAAGUGUCCCCCCCUGCUGCCAACAUGGAGUUCAUGGUGUGGGAUGAGCGGCUGGCCAGGGCAGCAGAGGCGUGGGCUGCACGUUGCCUGUGGGACCACGGGCCCCCUGAGCUGAUGAAAUAUGUGGGGCAGAACCUCUCCAUCCAGUCGGGCAGGUACCGCUCGGUCACGGACAUGGUGAAAUCCUGGCACCAGGAGCAGCAGCACUACUCCUUCCCCCACCCCCGCGAGUGCAGCCCCCGCUGCCCCAGCAAGUGCAGCGGCUCCGUCUGCAGCCACUACACGCAGAUGGUGUGGGCAACCUCCAGCCGCCUGGGCUGUGCCCUGGGCACCUGUGCCAACGUGCAGGUGUGGGGCAGCACGUGGCGUCACGCCAUCCUCCUCGUCUGCAACUACGCCAUCAAGGGCAACUGGCUGGGAGAAGCACCGUACAAGGUGGGGCGGCCGUGCUCAGCCUGCCCCCCCACCUACGGCCGGGGCUGCUCCAACAACAUGUGCUUCUCCGGAGUCAAAUCCAACCAAGUCAGCUGGUUCUAG